AUGGACGAGGAAACGCUUGGACCUUCUCCCGACGAAAUUAUGGCAUUAGGUGCCAUGGUAGAGCGUACCUUAACUUGCAAAUGUCGAGGAGGUCAUCAUGAUGACGACGAAGGGAUUGAUAUUGGCAAAUCGCUGGAAGGCUAUGCCAGAGGAAUGCUCUGGCAUAAAACAAAUAUAUCCUGGGAUGAUGCGACCCUUGAGACCACCUGUCUUACAGACGAACCAGGCCUUGUGGAACUUGACAUUACGGCUAGAUCUAUGUCUAUUUUGAGCUCAGGAGACGAAGCCGAUGAUGCUGAUGACAAUUUGAGUGAAAUUUUAGAUACGUUUGUUCCCAACAAAGAAAGCAAAAAGAAGAAGUCUUUCAAGUUUCUCCCCGUAAAAACCAAAAAGAGAAUACCGACGCAGGAAGCGUCGUCAAUAUGUGCAACGAUAAAGUCAGUUGAAGGUGACGAAAAAGAAUUUGGGUUUGAAGUGGAGUACCACCCAAAUAUGAGACAAUGA